GAAUAAAUUAGAAAUUAAAAAAAAGUCUAAGGUAGUUCUUUCUCUCCCUGAAAUAUCUCUCUCGCGCACGCACGCUCGCUCGCUCUCUCUAGUCUAGUCUAGGGUUUUUGUUGCUGGUGGCCGUACACUACUACUCACUCAGUCUAGGGUUUUGCCACUCUCAUUCCAUGGCCGCCGAGAAGCUCCGAGAUUUGAGCCAGCCGAUUGACGUCCCCUUGCUCGACGCCACUGUCGCCGCCUUCUAUGGCACCGGAUCUAAGGAGGAGAGAAAUGCCGCCGAUCAGAUUCUGCGGGAGUUGCAAAAUAAUCCCGAUAUGUGGCUUCAAGUCAUGCAUAUUUUGCAAAAAACUCAAAAUUUGAAUACCAAGUUCUUCGCCUUACAGGUUCUAGAAGGUGUAAUUAAGUAUAGAUGGAAUGCAUUACCUGUUGAGCAGCGAGAUGGAAUGAAAAAUUUCAUCUCUGAUGUUAUUGUACAGCUUUCUAGCAACGAUGCUUCAUUUCGAGCGGAAAGGUUGUAUGUCAACAAACUCAACAUUAUAUUAGUUCAGAUUUUGAAGCAUGAGUGGCCAGCAAGAUGGCGAAGCUUUAUUCCUGACCUUGUCUCAGCUGCUAAAACUAGUGAAACAAUUUGUGAGAAUUGUAUGGCUAUAUUGAAACUUUUGAGUGAAGAGGUUUUUGAUUUUUCAAGAGGAGAAAUGACUCAGCAGAAGAUAAAAGAGCUUAAACAAUCAUUGAACAGUGAGUUUCAACUCAUACAUGAGUUAUGCUUAUAUGUGUUAUCGGCAUCCCAAAGGACUGAACUCAUACGAGCUACUCUAUCUACAUUGCAUGCCUUCUUAUCAUGGAUUCCCUUGGGUUAUAUAUUUGAAUCACCCCUGCUUGAGACACUCCUGAAAUUUUUCCCUGUCCCAGCAUAUCGGAACCUCACAUUGCAAUGUUUAACUGAGGUGGCAGCCCUUCAAUUUGGGAAUUAUUAUGAUGUGCAGUAUGUCAAGAUGUAUAACAUAUUCAUGGUCCAGUUGCAGGGCAUGCUCCCACCAACUACAAAUAUACCUGAGGCAUAUGCACAAGGUUCAGGUGAUGAACAAGCAUUUAUACAGAAUCUGGCACUGUUCUUCACUUCAUUUUACAAGGUUCACAUUCGUAUCUUGGAAUCCACUCAAGAGAAUAUAGCUGCUUUGCUAUUGGGCCUUGAAUAUCUUACCAACAUUUCUUAUGUGGAUGAUACUGAGGUUUUCAAGGUCUGUUUGGACUACUGGAAUUCCUUGGUAUCGGAGCUGUUUGAACCACACCGAAGUUUGGACAAUCCUGCAGCUUCUGCAACCAUGAUGGGACUUCAGGUACCGGCAAUGCUCCCUGGUAUGGUUGAUGGGCAUGGUUCUCAGCUCCUUCAGCGCCGACAGCUUUAUGCUGGUCCCAUGUCAAAGUUGAGAAUGCUUAUGAUCUGUCGAAUGGCUAAGCCUGAAGAGGUGCUCAUAGUUGAAGAUGAAAAUGGGAACAUUGUCCGUGAAACCUUGAAGGACAAUGAUGUUCUUGUUCAAUAUAAGAUUAUGAGGGAGACUCUUAUUUACUUGUCACAUCUUGAUCAUGAUGAUACUGAAAAGCAGAUGUUGAGGAAAUUAAGUAAACAACUGAGUGGUGAGGAUUGGACAUGGAACAAUUUGAAUACACUCUGCUGGGCAAUUGGUUCUAUAUCAGGUUCCAUGAUGGAAGAACAGGAAAACAGAUUUUUGGUUAUGGUCAUUCGCGAUUUAUUAAACCUAUGUGAAAUCACAAAGGGAAAAGAUAACAAAGCUGUUAUUGCAAGUAAUAUCAUGUAUGUUGUUGGGCAGUAUCCACGGUUUUUAAGAGCUCAUUGGAAGUUCCUUAAAACUGUUGUGAAUAAAUUGUUUGAGUUUAUGCAUGAGACACAUCCUGGAGUUCAGGAUAUGGCCUGUGACACAUUUCUGAAAAUAGUCCAGAAGUGCAAGCGUAAAUUUGUAAUCACCCAGGUGGGCGAAAACGAGCCAUUUGUGUCUGAGCUUCUGACAGGUCUUCCCAUCACUAUUGCAGAUCUUGAACCCCAUCAGAUACAUUCCUUCUAUGAAUCUGUUGGUCACAUGAUUCAGGCAGAGUCUGAUGCACAGAAGAGAGAUGAAUAUCUUCAGCGGUUGAUGGAGCUCCCAAAUCAGAAAUGGAUGGAAAUUAUUGGGCAGGCACAUCAAAAUGUUGAUUUUUUGAAGGAUCAGGAUGUAAUCCGGACAGUGCUUAAUAUAUUGCAGACGAAUACAAGUGUUGCAACUUCUUUAGGGACAUAUUUCUUGCCCCAAAUCUCAUUGAUCUUUUUGGACAUGUUGAACGUGUACAGAAUGUACAGUGAGCUUAUUUCAAAAAGUAUUACAGAAGGUGGACCUUUUGCAUCUAGAACAUCCUACGUCAAACUUCUACGUUCGGUUAAGAGGGAGACACUUAAGCUGAUUGAGACAUUCUUGGAUAAGGCAGAAGACCAGCCACAAAUUGGUAAACAAUUUGUGCCGCCAAUGAUGGAUCCUGUUCUUGGAGAUUAUGCCAGGAAUGUUCCUGAUGCAAGGGAAUCAGAGGUUUUGUCACUUUUUGCAACAAUUGUAAACAAAUAUAAAGCUGCAAUGAUUGAAGAUGUACCUCGCAUAUUUGAAGCUGUUUUUCAGUGCACACUUGAGAUGAUUACAAGAAAUUUUGAAGAUUACCCAGAGCAUCGGCUCAAGUUCUUCUCUCUACUCCGUGCCAUAGCCACUCAUUGUUUUCCUGCAUUAAUCUGCUUGUCAAGUCAGCAACUGAAGCUUGUUAUGGACUCAAUCAUAUGGGCAUUUCGGCAUACAGAAAGGAAUAUUGCUGAAACUGGGCUUAACCUGUUGUUGGAGAUGCUGAAGAAGUUUCAGGGCUCAGAGUUCUGUAAUCAGUUUUACCGGACAUACUUUUUGACAAUUGAACAAGAGAUAUUCGCUGUCUUGACUGACACUUUUCAUAAACCUGGGUUCAAAUUACAUGUCUUGGUGCUACAGCAUUUGUUCUGUUUGCUAGAAACUGGUGCCCUAACUGAACCUCUUUGGGAUGUUGCUACAAGUCAAUAUUCAUACUCAAGUAAUGCAGUGUUUGUACGUGAGUUUACCAUAAAACUUCUAAGCACUUCAUUUCCCAACAUGACAUCAGCCGAGGUUACCCAAUUUGUUAAUGGACUCUUUGAGUCCACCAAUGAUCUCUCCACAUUUAAAAAUCACAUACGAGAUUUUCUUAUUCAGUCAAAAGAAUUUUCAGCUCAGGAUAACAAAGAUCUAUAUGCUGAAGAGGCUGCAGCUCAGAGAGAGAGAGAACGACAAAGAAUGCUUUCUAUUCCAGGGCUUAUUGCCCCAAGCGAAUUGCAAGAUGAAAUGGUGGACUCAUAGAUAGGCUAAACAGUGUGGGAGCUAAUAGUAUUACGGUGGGCAUUUUAACUUGUUUCAUAGGCUUUGAUUCAAUCCAUUGCCAGGUCCUUUGAGAAGAGAUGCAGCAUUUUCCUUCAAUCCAUUGCCAGGUCCUUUGAUUCAAUCCAUUGGCAGUUCCUGAUUUCAGAAUUUUUGCUGGCCGGGGAUACUGCCUUGUCCGUUGGGUGAGUGUAGAUUAUUCAAUUACUAAUUGGGGCUGAUAAUAUUCAGUCAUUUUGUAAGGGAUUCAUGAAGACAUCUUUAUAUAGAAUUGCAGGAUGGAAGACUCAUUCUGAGUAUUGAUGACUCCUUAGGAGUGACCUCCUAACCUCGGGUGGUUUGUGCAGAAAACCCUUGUGGUUUGAUAUUUUGUAUUUUUUUCCCCUCACCAAUCAAUAUUUAGGAAUAUUGCUGUACCAUGAGCGCACUUAAUAUAUAUGGUUUCAUGAACUAGUGUGUUAAUAUAAUGUGUUCAUUUCCUCCCAAUAGAGAGAGGAUAUUUUUUUAUGCCA